AUGGCGACAUUCGGGUCUGUGGGUGAACAGUUGAUCAGGCUAUCGCACUCACAGCUCCCUUCCGCAAGUCUUGUUCGGAGUAUUUCAAUAGAUGUCGACGCCGUUUAUCGAAUCGCUCUCCUUCUCGCGGAUCUCCAGAAAGGCCAGUACAUUUAUCAAUGGGCGUUGACCGCCUGCGCAAAAGCGAAUUCGCGUCGAGCCCUUGUCGAACUCGUGAACCGGUAUAUCAGUACGGAAGGUGUGGACAUUUAUCAGAAUACCGAGUGCAUAGCGAAGGUCAAAGACUUGGCUCUCAAAGAUGAAUUCCCUCAUGCGAUUAUGCUAUAUGCCAAACUGCUCAUCUGGCGUGGCGAGAACGCAGAAGCCGCCCGGCUUCUAGAGCAGAAGAUUCUACCAUAUCUGCAACCCGUUCGCAAAAACCCUCCCCUUUGGGAGGAUAUAAAGAUGAUGGAUAACUUUGAUCCUCCCUGGCGGAUGUAUGCUGUUGCUGUUGAGAAAGAACAAGGUCUGGCGGGAAUCCAGAGGGUCAUGAGCCGGGCCGCCAUGGAGUUCCACGACCCAGUGGCCAUGACCGAUUAUGCCAUCUCGGCGUUGGAAACGGAGGCACCCAAUAAAUACGAGGUGUACGAGACGUUCAUGGCUGCCGCUGCGUUGGCGGGACACUCUCCAGCCUGCUUUCACCUUGCCAAUUUCUAUUACCGCACCUCUCAAGGCGAAUUCACUACCGAAGCAGAGAGAAACGCCAAGAAGAGGGAAGAGGCUAAUGCCGCGCGUAGUGCCUUGUUGAGACGAUUCGAACCUAUAGCGAAUUGGGUUUAUAUAUUGUUCAACCAACCGAUGGAUCGCGAGACAUACCGCAUGCUCGCGAUGGACUGGUACGAGCUUUCUUUUGAUAAGGGGAACAGUGAGGCUGGGUAUAUCCUGGCUCUGCUCUUCCGCGAGGAUGGCAAUAUGGAGAAGAGCCGUGAGGUGUACAAGCUUACUGCUAAAAAGGGACUUCCUACCUCGUUGUCCAAGAAGAGCCUGGCAGAGAUGAGGGAAAAGUGGGAAGACCAGACCUUCAACCCUGGUCUACCUCCUAAGCUCUUGAGACUUGCUUAG